UGUAGUAUUUCCAGUCUAUCGUCAAAGAAUACUAUUCCAAUUAUGGCUGCUCCUAAAAUAACCUUUUAUUUCGACGUUGGCAGUCCCUUCGCCUGCAUUGCUUUCCAUGCUUUGAGAACGUCCCCUGUCUUCGCAAAAUGCGACAUUGACUAUGUCCCCGUCUCCCUGCGUGACCUGUUUCAGUUGUGCAAAAACAUGCCUCCUUUAGCAGUGAAGAACAAGGCCCAAUGGAUAAACCGAGAGCGUAUUUACUGGGCUCGUCGCUUCCAGGUUCCCAUGUCCGAAGCCCUCCCAGAAGCAUUUCCCGCAUCUACUUCGGAGGUUCAGCUCGCUCUCUGCCUUCUGGCUAGACAAUGUCCCGAUAAGCUAGUUCCCGUCGCGGAUAAGAUUUAUCGCGGGUUCUGGGAAGAGGGGAACUCGAAUGUUCUCACUCAGGCCGGUUUCUCUGAUAUAUUUGAGAGUGAGCUUGGCGCCGAGCCCGCCAAGCGGAUUCUGUAUGAGUCCAAAGGUUCUGAGGCGAAAGCCAUGUUGGAUGGAAGCACACAAAAGGUUUGCACCUCUGGCGCCUUUGGUUUGCCUUGGUUUGAGUGCAUAGACGCUCAGGGGGCAAAGGAAAGCUUCUGGGGGAUUGAUCAUUUGGGACGUCUUGCGGACUUUCUGCAACUAGACGUCAGCCUAGACAAGUCUUUCCGCGUCUUACUCUGA